ACGCCCGGGCCGGCCGCCCCUCGGAGCGCGGCGGGUUUUCGUUAAUCCUAACGUGCGGGGAGGGUUCGCUUUCUCCCCUCUGCGGCGAGCCUGGCCCGCCCCAGGGUGGUGGUCUUGGUCCGGGGAGCGUCCAGGUGUCCGGGGAGCGUCCAGGGCGCCUUGGUUCAGACCCCAUUGUCCCACCGCCCGGCCACGCGCUCCUGCCUCUGGCCUGGGGCAUGUGGCCGGCCCCACGCUCGGGCGCAGCGAUCAGACCCCGAGACCGGAUCGAUCGGGUUCGGCGAGCUUCUACCCUCGCCGGGCCACCACUCCCCACGCCCUACAGCGACCCGCCCGGCAGGGUUUUGCGGCCUCCAGGUGGUGGAUCCAAUUUUUCAUUAGGCUUUGAUGAACCAACAGAACAACCUGUGAGGAAGAACAAAAUGGCCUCUAACAUCUUCGGGACACCUGAAGAAAAUCCCCCGUCUUGGGCCAAAUCGGCAGGUGCCAAGUCUAGUGGUGGCAGAGAAGACUUGGAGUCAUCUGGGCCGCAGAGAAGGAACUCUUCUGAAGCAAACUCUGGAGACUUCUUAGAUCUGAAGGGAGAAGGUGACAUUCAUGAAAAUGUGGACACAGACUUGCAAGCCAGCCUGGGGCAGAGUGACGAGAAGCCUGUGCCCGCUGCUCCAGUGCCCAGCCCGGUGGCCCCGGCCCCGGUGCCAUCCAGAAGAAAUCCCCCUGGCGGCAAGUCCAGCCUCGUCUUGGGUUAACUCCGACUGUUCUGAACUCUGUCGUUUUGUUUGUUUGUUUCCUCUAUGCUUGUGAACUGCACAACUUGAGCCUGACUGUACAUCUUUUGGAUUUGUUUCAUUAAAAAAGAAGCACUUUAUGUACUGCUGGUUUUUUUUCCCCUCUUCUUUUUGAAGAACAGGUUUCUCUUUAUCUGUCCUGACUCCUCUGGGUCUGUGGACCAUGGCAUGAGUGUUUUCUAGUAGUAGAUUGGAGGGAAAGCUUUGUGACACUUAGUACCGUGUGUUUAAGAACAAAUAAUUGGGUUCCAAAUGUGUUAGAGGAUCUUUUGUACUGAGGUUUUUAACACGUUACUUGGGUUUACCAAGCCUUGAUUGGACAGACCAUAAACAGUCCACAGGCACCACCUGUCAGGCCCCGACGCACAAGGCUGUCUCACGCAGAGCCUUCUCCUUGGUGUUCCCUAACUUGCCAGUGCCCUUUGCUAAAAGCAUCUUACUGUGCCAAACGGAACAAUAAAGAGGCCUGUGCCUCAUGCCUUGCUGCCUGCA